CCAAAUGUUCGAAUCAUCAUCUACUGUUGUUGGUUCUUGAAUCCGAACACACAUCGCCAAAUGGUAACGGAAAGCGACUGAAAUGGCAGAGGCGACAUUGUCAGCAACAGUGAGGCCUUCCUCAAUUUUCUUGAAAUCCCAGAUUCUUCGGAACCAUUCAUGGCACCGCUGCUUUACCCUCGCGGCCAGAAAUGCGAUACCUAUUAGUGGAAGACGGCAUCUUCAUCCUUUUCUGCAACCUCCCCGCUUUUGUCUUCUUUUUCUUCAUACUCUUCCGCUUCGCCCUCGCCUUCAUCUUCCUCUUCUGCACAGAUUUCGUGCACCUCCUCUCUCAUCUCCUAUGUCCUCCUUACCACACUCUUCCUCCUCUCCCAAUACUAAAACUGUUAGAGCUGUGAUUAAGGGGAGGGUGCAGGGAGUUUUCUAUAGGGACUGGACAGUGGAGAAUGCAAAAGAGUUGGGGUUAAAGGGAUGGGUUAGGAACCGAAGGGAUGGAACAGUGGAGGCAUUGUUUUCGGGGAGCCCUGAGAAGGUUGAGGAAAUGGAACAGAGGUGCCGGAGAGGACCACCGUCUGCAAUGGUCACUGGUCUUGAUGUUUUCCCUUGCAAUGAUGACCCAGGAGCCGGGUUUGAACGCAGGUCAACUGCUUGAUCAAAUGGAUACGCUAUCUCUAAGGCAAGAGUAGAAACAUAUUAGUAGUUUUAUUGCUUUUGUUAAGUUUUCUGUUGCUCCUUGUUGAAAUAAGUGGUAUUACUAUAUACUUGUAUGUUAGUAUGUCUAUAUAGGCUCUUUGAGGCUUUGCUAUGGUUGAGGACCAAAGUUUUUUGAGCAUGGUACUGAAAUAUCCAGUUCUUUUACUUGUUUGAGUGAAAAUGCAUCUCAUUUGGCCAUGA